CCGGAAGCGCGCGCCCUCGCAGGUCGGCGUGUCUGCAGUGAGGGAGGGAAGGAACGACCGAGCGAGCGGCGGAGGAGUGAGCGAAGAUGGCGGCCUUCUCCGAGAUGGGUGUUAUGCCUGAGAUUGCACAAGCUGUGGAAGAAAUGGAUUGGCUUCUACCAACUGAUAUCCAGGCUGAAUCUAUCCCAUUGAUCCUAGGAGGAGGAGAUGUACUUAUGGCAGCAGAAACAGGAAGUGGAAAGACUGGUGCCUUUAGUAUUCCAGUUAUCCAGAUAGUGUAUGAGACCCUGAAAGACCAACAGGAAGGAAAGAAAGGGAAAACUACUAUUAAAACUGGUGCUUCGGUGCUCAACAAAUGGCAGAUGAACCCAUAUGACAGAGGAUCUGCUUUUGCUAUUGGGUCAGAUGGCCUGUGUUGUCAGAGCAGAGAAGUGAAGGAGUGGCAUGGGUGCAGAGCGACCAGAGGACUGCUGAAAGGGAAACACUACUAUGAGGUAUCCUGUCAUGACCAAGGCCUGUGCAGAGUUGGGUGGUCUACCAUGCAGGCCUCCUUAGACCUAGGUACUGACAAGUUUGGAUUUGGCUUCGGUGGAACAGGAAAGAAAUCUCAUAAUAAACAGUUUGAUAAUUACGGAGAGGAAUUCACUAUGCAUGAUACCAUUGGGUGCUACUUAGAUAUUGAUAAAGGGCAUGUGAAGUUCUCUAAGAAUGGAAAAGACCUUGGUCUAGCAUUUGAAAUACCAGCACAUAUAAAAAAUCAAGCGCUCUUCCCCGCCUGUGUUUUGAAGAAUGCUGAAUUGAAAUUUAACUUUGGUGAAGAAGAAUUUAAGUUUCCACCAAAAGAUGGUUUUGUUGCUAUUUCCAAGGCCCCCGAUAGUUAUAUUGUCAAGUCGCAGCACACAGGAAAUACAGUUGAUAUUGUCGUCGGUACUCCGGGAAGAUUAGAUGAUUUGGUAUCAACGGGAAAGCUCAACUUGUCUCAAGUUAGAUUCUUGGUUCUGGAUGAAGCAGAUGGGCUUCUCUCUCAAGGUUACUCUGACUUCAUUAACAGGAUGCACAGUCAGAUUCCUCAGAUUACUUCUGAUGGGAAAAGACUCCAGGUGAUUGUUUGCUCUGCUACGUUGCAUUCUUUCGAUGUAAAGAAACUAUCUGAGAAGAUAAUGCAUUUUCCCACAUGGGUCGAUUUGAAAGGCGAAGAUUCUGUUCCAGACACUGUGCACCAUGUAGUCGUCCCUGUAAAUCCGAAAACGGACAAGCUCUGGGAAAGGCUGGGGAAGAACCACAUUCGAACUGAUGAUGUACACGCAAAAGAUAACACAAGACCUGGUGCUAACAGUCCAGAGAUGUGGUCUGAAGCUAUUAAAAUACUUAAGGGGGAGUAUGCUGUCCGAGCAAUCAAGGAACACAAGAUGGAUCAAGCAAUUAUCUUCUGUAGAACUAAAAUUGACUGUGAUAACUUGGAGCAGUACUUUAUGCAACAAGGAGGAGGACCUGAUAAAAAAGGACACCAGUUCUCAUGUGUGUGUCUUCACGGUGACAGAAAGCCUCAUGAGAGAAAGCAGAACUUGGAAAGAUUUAAGAAAGGAGACGUAAGAUUUUUGAUUUGCACAGAUGUAGCUGCUAGAGGCAUUGACAUCCAUGGUGUUCCUUAUGUUAUAAAUGUCACCCUGCCUGAUGAAAAACAGAACUACGUGCACCGGAUUGGCAGAGUGGGGCGAGCUGAAAGAAUGGGCCUGGCAAUUUCCCUGGUGGCAACAGAGAAAGAAAAGGUUUGGUAUCAUGUAUGCAGCAACCGUGGGAAAGGGUGCUAUAACACGAGGCUCAAGGAAGAUGGUGGCUGUACCAUCUGGUACAAUGAAAUGCAGCUACUUUCCGAGAUAGAAGAACACCUGAACUGCACUAUUUCCCAGGUUGAGCCAGAUAUAAAGGUUCCAGUGGAUGAGUUUGAUGGGAAAGUUACCUAUGGUCAAAAGAGGGCUGCUGGCGGUGGAAACUAUAAAGGCCAUGUGGAUAUCCUGGCACCUACUGUUCAGGAGUUGGCUGCCCUUGAAAAGGAAGCACAGACAUCUUUCCUGCACCUUGGCUAUCUUCCCAACCAGCUGUUCAGAACCUUCUGAUUCCAUGUAGACGGAAUAGGGUCUCGGUAAUAAAGUCUCUAGUCUAACCUCUAACAUGGUGGUGCUGCUUUCAAGCAGCAGUAUUUAUAGUAACUGAGCUAUGACUGCUAACUCUUGCAUGUCAAGAAACACGAAUCUUAGGAAUUCUUCAUAAAAUGGCAACCUAAUGAAAAUAAAUUUGACAACUAUAUUUUAA